UAAUAAUAAUAACACCAAAACAAUACUGCAUAAAUAAAAGUAAAUAAAGAGAUAAAAAAGCUAUAUACUAGUUAUUCAUACUAUAGAUUACUAAAUUCUCUCACUUAUACCAGUACUUUUAAAAUAGUUCAUUAGGGGGCGGUGCAUUUCCCCAGAUGUUUCCCCCAGCAUGUUCUCUAGUGUCAUGUUUUGUUUUCCAAUCUGCAUCUCUAGCUCAGUUCUUUCGUCCUCAUAUCUUUUGCAGUCUAACAGAAUGUGUUUCACCCUGCUAUGCCCUUGUAGAUUUACCCAAUAUGCCAGCAUGAUCUUAACCCUCCUGAUACACAAUGGCAUCUCUCCUGUCUCAACCUGUAAUGCAGUCACUGGUGAUGUUUAAAUGCUCUAGUACAGAUCCGAAGUGCUUGUGCCUGUUCUACAUCAAGCUUUUUAAGAUUUGAUUGUGAUGCUGACAUAUAUUCUAGGCAGCCAUAAUCAAAGGCGGCCCUCUUAAGAGCCUGAUAUAUAUUUAUGAGCGAUGCCCUACUUGCUCCCCACUCUCGCCCGGACAGACAUCUCAGAACAUUACUAAUCUUUUUACAUUUGUUUUUAAUUUUAUCAAUAUGCAGACCCCAGGUCAGCUUACCUAUACGCCUACCAAAAUAAGGGUCCUUAAAUAAUCGGGUAACUCCCACCCUAUUGGUCUGCCGAAGCCACACCCCGAGCAGAGCCAAUAGGAUAGUUAAAUCACUUAUCAUGUCACAUUAGUGAACAACUCAUUAGUUAACAUUAGUAAACAAUUAGUAAACAUUAGUAAACAACACAUUAGUAAACAACAAUUCUCUGGAUUUUAAACAUCAGUUACUAACAAAUUUGUAGCUGAUUAUUUUGUUUGUGAAUAACAAUAAUUGACAUGUGUUAUCCUUUUUGAGCUACUAAAACUACUGAAGACAGAAAUGUGAAUAUGUGAAAGUGAAACUAACUUUACCGCAGUCUCUUUCCUAUGUAAGUGCAGUACAGAGAGGAUAAAUUGCUGCUAGUAUGUUGUAUUGUAUGUGAUUAAAUGCAUUAGAGAAUCAUGAAAACAUAAUACUGAUGAAGUUUCAGCAAAAGGAUAGAUUAGAGUUUAGAUUCGCGAGUCAGCUCCCAACGUUCACCAAAAGAUCCGGAUCAAAGAGUCGACUCAUUCCUGAACGACUCAUCACCUGCAAUGAAUCCUCCUUCCUAAAGUGGAAGCGUUUCUCCCUCAGACUCCAUUUUGUGGAGCGAUUUUAAACUUUUAAAGAAACUAAGGCAGAAACGGUGAUAUUAAUGUCACACAACAAGGGCUGUUGACUAAAGGAGUGUGCUCCAUUCCAGCAGAAGAGAUCAGACUCUUCAGGACUCAACUGUGUGUUUGUGCAAACUUUACUAAUUUUCAAAGAUGGAGACUCCUGAUCUGGACACAGAUAAUGUUUCCCCACACUCAAAAACCAGUAAACUCCAGGGAAAGAGAUCAGAAUCACCAGCACCCAGCUGUAUCUCCAUGAAGAGUGAUUGGUCUAUGAAUAUUCCUCUGGUGUUUAAAGAUGGAGACUCGUCACUUCGACACGGUGUUCCACAGAGAGCAGGAGACAGAAUAGAAAAGAACAUCAUCACAGAUACAGGGCACGACCCAGAACCUGCUGCUGUGAAUGAAUUCCAGAAAAAGUUGAAAUUAAAUCUGAUGAAGAAGUUUGAGUGUUUGAAUGGAGUGAUAAUAAACCUGGGAAACCAAACACUCCUGAACGAGAUCUACACAGAGCUCUACAUCACAGAGGGAGACAGUGGAGAAGUCAAUAAAGAACAUGAGGUGAGACAGAUCGAGGCAGCAUCCAGGAGAACAAGAACAGAGGAAACACCAAUCAAAUGCAACGACAUCUUUAAGCCCUUAUCUGAACAAGACGAACCCAUCAGAACUGUGCUGACAAAGGGAGUCGCUGGCAUCGGAAAAACAGUCUCUGUGCAGAAGUUCAUUCUGGACUGGGCUGAAGGGAAAGCAAAUCAGGACAUCCACCUCAUAUUUCCACUUCCUUUCAGAGAGCUGAAUCUGAUGAAGGACCAGAAACUGAGUCUGAUGGAGCUCCUUCAUGUCUGUUUUAAUGAAACAAAAGAAACAGAAAUGUCCAGUUUGGAAAAGGUUCUGUUCAUUUUUGAUGGAUUGGACGAGUGUCGUUUUCCUCUAGAUUUCCAGAACACAGUGAGAGUGUGUGAUGUAACUGAAUCAGCAUCAGUGCAUGUGCUGCUGAUAAACCUGAUCAAAGGGAAUCUGCUUCCCUCUGCUCUCAUCUGGAUCACCUCUCGACCAGCAGCAGCUGAUCAAAUCCCCUCUGAGUGUGUCCAUCGAGUCACAGAGGUACGAGGGUUCAAUGACCCACAGAAGGAGGAGUACUUCAGGAAGAGAAUCAGUGAUCAGAGCCUGGCCAAUAACAUCAUCACACACCUGAAGUCAUUAAGAAGUCUCUACAUCAUGUGCCACAUCCCAGUCUUCUGCUGGAUUUCAGCCACUGUUCUAGAGAGAAUGUUGGGUGAAGCAGAGAGUGGAGAGAUCCCCAAGACUCUGACUCAAAUGUACACACACUUCCUCAUAAUUCAGACAAACAUCAUAGGAGAAAAGUACUCAAAGAAGCAGGAGAGUGAUGAAGAAAUGCUUCUUAAACUGGGAAAACUGGCUUUUCAUCAGCUGAAGAAAGGGAACCUGAUCUUCUAUGAGGAAGACCUGAGAGAGUGUGGCAUUGAUGUGAGAGAAGCAGCAGUGUACUCAGGUGUGUGUACGCAGAUCUUCAGAGAGGAGUUUGGGCUUCACCAGAGUAAUGUGUACUGCUUUGUUCAUCUGAGCAUUCAGGAGCACCUCGCAGCUCUGUAUGUGCACCUGACAUUCAUGAUGGAAAAGAGAGAUGUUCUUAUACAGCAUCAGGCCUCCAAAUGGUGGAUGGAAAAAAUGACAAUCUCAGAGGUACACAAGAGUGCUGUAGAUCAGGCUUUAAAAAGUCAGACUGGACAUCUGGAUCUUUUCCUUCGCUUUCUUCUGGGUCUCUCACUGAAGUCCAAUCAGAAACUCUUACAGGACUUAGUAGCACAGACAGGAAGUAGCUCCCAGAGCAUAGAGGAAACAGUUCAGUACAUUAAGAAGAAGAUCAGUGAAGAUCUUCCUACAGAGAAAUCCAUCAAUCUGUUCCACUGUCUGAAUGAACUGGGUGAUAAUUCUCUAGUGGAGGAAAUCCAACACUACCUGAAAUCUGGAAAACAAAGUGAAUUCUCUUCUUCACAGUGGUCUGCUCUGGUGUUUGUGUUAUUGACAUCAGCACAGGAUCUGGAAGAAUUUGACCUGAAUAAAUAUACCAGUACAGAUACGAUACCAGAAACUGUUCUUCUGAAGAUGAUGCCUGUGAUUGCAGCCUCCAGAAAAGCAAUUAUCAGGUGUGAUUCACUUGGAGUGAGAAGUUGGUCAGCUCUGGUCUCAGCACUCAGCUCAGAAACCUCCAAUCUGAGAGAACUACAUCUGACUGUGAAAACACUGGAUCUGACUGGGAAUGAACUAGGAGACUCAGGAGUGAAGAGUCUCUGUGCUGGACUGGAGAAUCCUCACUGUAAAGUGGAGACACUGAGGUUGAGUGGUUGUUAUGUCUCAGAUGAAGGCUGUGCUGCUCUGACUUCAGCUCUGAGAUCAAACCCCUCACACUUGACAGAACUGCAUCUGUCCUAUAAUAAUGUAGGAGACUCAGGAGUGAAGAAUCUCUCUGCUGUACUGGAGAAUCCUCACUGUAAACUGGAGAUACUGAGGUUGUAUAAUUGUGGGGUGUCAGAUGAAGGCUGUGCUGCUCUGACUUCAGCUCUGAGAUCAAACCCCUCACACUUGAGACACUUGAAUCUGUCUGAGAAUAAACUAGGAGACUCAGGAGUGAAGAGUCUCUCUGCUGUACUGGAGAAUCCUCUCUGUAAACUGGAGAAACUGUGGUUGUAUAAUUGUGGUGUCUCAGAUGAAGGCUGUGCUGCUCUGACUUCAGCUCUGAGAUCAAACCCCUCACACCUGAGAGACCUGAAUCUGUCCUAUAAUAAUUUAGGAGACUCAGGAGUGAAGAGUCUCUCUGCUGUACUGGAGAAUCCUCUCUCUAUACUGGAGACACUGAGGUUGUGUUUUUGUGGUGUAUCAGAUGAAGGCUGUGCUGCUCUGACUUCAGCUCUGAGAUCAAACCCCUCACACCUGAGAGAACUGAAUCUGUCUGAGAAUAAUGUAGGAGACUCAGGAGUGAAGUGUCUCUCUGCUGUACUGGAGAAUCCUCUCUGUAAACUGGAGAUACUGAGGUUGCGUGGUUGUGGUGUAUCAGAUGAAGGCUGUGCUGCUCUGACUUCAGCUCUGAGAUCAAACCCCUCACACCUGAGAGAACUGCAUCUGUCCUGGAAUAAUGUAGGAGACUCAGGAGUGAAGAGUCUCUCUGCUCUUAAAGAUGAUGAAUAUUACAAACUACAGACACUGUGGGUGUGAUGAACAUCUGUGUGUGUGAUGAAGACUCUGGUGUUCCUGCAUUUCACUGUUGGGGAAUAGAGAACACAUUUAUAAACACAUCACUCAUUUAAUUAUAACACAUUAAACAGACUCAGAGAUGUGAGAAGUGUGUGUUCAUCAUGCACAGUGAAUCAGACUGCACACGAUUCUACACUGAGUGUAUAAUGACCCCUGACCCCUGGAUAAAGUUCCCCAGACCUCAUUCUCAUAAAACACCUGAGGGAUUAUUAGGAACAGCGGGUGAAAAAAGCACAUGAACUCUAGCUAAACCCAGUCAGUGGAUGAGAGAGCUGAAAUGGACAGGAAUUUUUCAUGGGUUUUCACAGGGUUUCAAGGCAUUGGUGGUGGAAUUCUGACCUGACAGGAUUGGCAUCUGUGGACUUUAUCUGAGAAGUUUUUAUUUGGAGUAUUUUGUGUUUUAAACAUUCCCAUGAAGAUGGAUUGCAUGUUCUCUUGCUAGUUAGUGAACAUUACUCAUUACUAGUUAGCUGGGAUCUUAUGAACAGCUUGUUUCAGCUCGGGGUGAAUAUACAGUACAGCCUGUGUUACUCUGCAUGUGUUACCUUAUCGUAUGUGCUGGCUGGGAUACAAUCAUUCUUUAUUCUAAUAUUUUGAGAUACUGGAUUUUUUCAUUUCUGUGAGCUGUAAGCCAUAAUAAUCAAGAUUAAAACAAAAAAAAAGGCUUGAAAUAUUUCACUUUGUGUAAUGAGAAUAUAUGAAAGAUCAAAAAAAAAAAUUUCCACAAUAUUAAAAUAUU